UUUAGCCUAAACCAGUUUAAUUCUAGACCACCUCUCCUUGGUCCAGAACUAAACUAUAUUAAGGCCAAAAAUUGGCCUAGCAAAUAGCUAAUUUAAGUUGAGUCUAGUUGUUUUUCACACCAAAGCCCGGAGUUGGUUUUGUUCCUCCAAACCAAUACAUGUUUUAGUUGCCAGGGAGGCCUUUAAUCUAGAUAAAGUUUUUUUUGCCCCCCUCAACAUAUGGUCUAGACCAGACCGAUACGAUUGCAUAGGAGCUUUGCAACUAUUGUUGAGAACACAAAAUUCAAAGAUGGCUCACAUGAGACAUGUCUCUCAAACCGGUCGUGAUUUCUGAACCUGAGAUCCGCAUCAUGGACAGAAACCCGAAAGAUGAAUGUUUGGUGAUCGCCAGUGACGGGCUGUGGGAUGUUAUGUCCAAUGCGACGGCGUGCAAUUUAGCUCUUCGUGUUCUUCAGGACGGAGACCCAGACGGCGAUGAAGAACACAACAAGGACAAAGGCAAGGGUAAAGCAAUAGAAGGGAGUAGCGACAGUGCAAAGGAGAAAAAGAAGGAAUAUCCUUCUCAGUCUCAGUGCGAUCUUGCAGCUGCUUUGCUUACUAGGCUUGCACUCGCGAGGAACAGUGAAGACAAUAUCAGCGUUAUCGUCGUUGAUCUGAGAAAAGAGAUGGCAUAAAGAGGUAGUAUAUGUGUUCAUAAUGAAGUUAUAUAUUUAUAGAUAUUGGAAGGAGGGUUAAAGUGAAAUGCAUAAGGGAAAAUGUAUACCGUGAAAGACCCCAUAUGCAUAAGCUAUUGUAUAUAGA